UUCCGGGCCGUCGGUGGGGAGUCGUUAGCGUUGGGGGGCGCACCCCCUUCUCCUGCCCCCUCCACCGGCGAGGCAGGGAAGGGGACCUGGGCGCCUUCUUGUUGUCGUGCGGGGGCCGCGGCCUCGAGGCCUGGUCCGGUUUCCGUCGCGCCUGAGGGAGCGGCGCCGCGGACGCAGCGAGGCGCGGUAUUCAUCCCAUGGUGUCUUCUUCCCUGGCUCAACAACAUGACAGAAGGCUGGGUAGAUUGCCCCUCCCUGGGUCCUGGCUGGCAGCGCCGUGAAGUCUUGCGCAAAAAUGGAAUGAGACCUGGACAGUCAGACACCUAUUACAUAAGCCCCAGAGGAGAGAAGAUCCGCAGCAGAGUGGAGUUGACAAGGUUGCUGGGAUGUUCACGGGAUCUGACUGACUUUGAUUUCAAGAAAGGGAUUUUUGUUGAGCCAAAUGCCGAGCCCCCAGGCCCACCACCCAUUCCACCUACUGGAGGAGGCCACCAGAAGCUCAAAAAGGGUAGCAAAAGGCGCUGUUCAUCUCUGGCAGCUGCUACCCCACCAUCCAAGAAGCCUCUUGGCUUGCAGGUGUUACAGGAACCUCCAAACCAGGAGCUUCCAGACCAGAAACCCCCAAAGCUGGAUCUGGAGUUGCCAAAAGAGGCUCCUGCCAGCAAUCUGACCCAGCAGCAAGAGCUCCCGACUCCUGCAGAUCAGCCGGCGCCAAAACCUCGCAAGCGACAUUAUCGGAAUCAUCUUCCACCUGUCCUUGCUCCAGGAAAAAUGGGAGAUCUGGCAGUGCAAGAAACCAAGCCAGAGGAAGAUAUAGCGUGCUGUGCCUGUUGCCAGGGUCAGUUCCCUGGAGUGAUGCUUCCGUCCCAGAGACGCUGCCGAUGGCUCUGUCCUGACUGCAGAGCUCAGAGAAGAGACUUCAACCGGGAGCAGAGAUAUUACAAGCAAGUUGGCUGUGGUUUGUGCCAAGCGUGCCAGAUGUCCCAGGACUGCGGCAUCUGCAGCGUGUGUGUACUACGAGCCAAGAGCCCCGAGUUCCGCAUUGGCAUCAAAUGUCUGCUGCGUCGAUGCUUGAAGAUUGUCAAAAAGGGCCUUGAAUGUGGUAUGUGCCAGGCCUGCAAGAUAACUGAAGACUGUGGUAGCUGUGUUAUUUGUUUGCGAAGGCAAAAGCCAGGCAUGAAACGUCAGUGGAAAUGCCUGAAGCGGCGCUGCCUUAAACGCAAGAAAAAAAUCUCCCCCAAGAAGGAUGGCUACGGCUCCAAGAAGCUGACAGUAGAAGCAGCCUCUCCCAAGGAUGUCUUCACCCCAGCACGACGCCAGCGCCAGAAGAAGCCAGCAUCAGCAACAGACGGGCCUCCACCCGAGGCCCAGCAGCCCUCAAGGCAGCACCAAAAGAGGCUUUCAGCAGCACCACCGGUGUCCACAGAAGGGCCCCUUCCAAAGGCCCAGCCAGCCCCACGCUGCCGCCGCUGGAAGUGCUCUGCUACCACAAAAUGGAAACCUGCCAUGGAACGAGAUCCUGGAGGGAGCCCUAUUGUAAGGCACAGGAAGAAACAGUUGGGAGCAGUGAAAGAAAGGAAGAAGGUGGGCCGUCCCCCCAAGCAUCCCACAACCAAGCACAAGAGCACUAAAAAUGCCUCCAAAAGCCGUCAAAACCGGAAGUGUGGUGAGUGUGAGGCCUGCCUGCUGAAAACAGACUGUGGUCGCUGUGACUUCUGUUGUGACAAACCCAAGUUUGGUGGACAAAAUCUCAAGCGCCAGAAGUGCCGAUGGAGACAGUGCCUGCAGUUUGCAAUGAAGCGGCUGCUUCCUGAGGAGUGGAGCAGCCCAGAGGCGGAGGGGGCAGCGGCAGCGGGCUGGAAGGUCAGGAGGAGGAGGAACGCCUACGGUGGCCGCAGCCGCAAGCCAGCCAGGAUCAAGCAGGUGGGGCGGCAGGGAGCCAAGGGGAGUGGCCAGAAGCGACGGGCAAAAGCCAGCUUCCAGCCAGAGGAGCCCUCUUCAAGCAGUGAACCAAUUCAUCUGCCCAAGGCCCGGGUCCUAGAUAAGCUGCAGCAGCCGCAGCUGCCACCACUGGAGCCACCACCGCAGCCACCACCUCUGAAGUUAAAGAAUGAACCUGAGAGAGCUGGCUCUGUUGUGUCCGAGGAGCCCAUGAAGGAGUUCUCCGUCCUGCCACACCAUGUGAAAGAGGAGCUAGAGGUCCCUUGCCACCCCACGCCACCUCCCCACGUUCCGGCGAAGGAGUCAGACACCCGAUUCCCUGCUGUCAACCUCCUUAUUGCCACCUCUCCCAAAAUCAAACAGGAGCAUGGAGAACCAGGCGGGGACUGUCGGCCAGCCAAUGACUCUCCAGUGUCAGCUGGGCUUCCUCAGUUUAAGAGGGCACGGGGGACACAGGGCACAGAGGUGGUGGUUCUGGAUGAUGAAGAGGAUGAUGAAGUGGAACAGCUGCAGCAAAUGCGCCCCCCAGUGAUAAUGGAGAUCUACAGCCUGGGCGGAGUGCAGCCCCUCACCCAGCUGGAUGGUGUUCUGCGAGAGUUCCUGGCUGAACUGAACGAGAUCCCUCUCCCGGCUCACUGGGAGGUGCUGCCCCCGCUGGGUGGCCCUGACCUGCGCCUCGUGCAGCACUCCAAACACUCCACCAUGUCGGCGGCAGUCAUCCACAUUCGCCCGGGCCUUUUCUUCCACGUGGUGGUGCGAGAUCUGCCUGUGCCCCCCGAACACGAACUCUACACCAGCCACCCUGCCCGCCUCACCACAGUGGAUGAGGUGGUGGAACUCAUCUGUGAUCUGGAAGCCUACCGGCUGUGCUCUGGCUGGCCUGCAGGCUGGCACGCUGGCGAACGGUCCGAGGCCUGCAAUGUCCUUGUGUACUCAGGCUGCUGCCAGCAGUGCCAGCUCAACCCCUGGCCAUCAGGAAGUGGGACCCAUUGAGGACCAAGCUGGGCAGUGGGAUUUGGGGACAGGACUCAGCCCUGUGGGGCAGCAAAUAGGCAGAAGUUUUAUUUUGACACUGGAAAUGGCUUGGAUAUCUAAAAGGAUCAUUCCUUGCCGUAAAUAGCUUUAUAUCUCCCCCCCCCCCCCCCCCCGCAUUCAAUAGCUUGGCACAAAAAUUCAUAUUCCUCUUGUUACAGUCUUCUGUGUCUUGUCUGUCUGUCUCUCUCCUGGUAAGCUACUUCUGCCUUCCUGGCAUAGAGAGAAAUGUUUUGUUCAAGGUCUUGCUUCUGUUCACUUGCCUUCUGCCAGAGAGUUGCAGCGUGGCUGGUAGCACAUUGCAGCAGCUUGUGCUGAUUGCUAGUUCCCUUUUUAAUAUCCCUACACGCUUUGCAGAGUAGCACUAUAUGUUGUUAAGAUGGGAGUGUGGAGACAGUUUAUGCAACAUUUUGGCCUUGCUUGACUCCACAGGAAAGAUAGGAUUUAAGAGUAGGAUUCCCUUCUUAGAAGAGUCCGGCUGAUUGCAGCCUGCCACUUUGUUCCCCCAGAUGCAUCUGAAAAUGAAAUGAUCAUCUUGGGCAUGUUUUUAAUUGCUUCAAGGUUACUCUGGGUGAUGAAUUCUAUUUUGAGGACCAGGGAGAUGUUUUGUUUGGGGAACAGGGAGGAUGGCACAGAUAGAUGCUGAGAGAUUCCAGCGUGUCCCGUUCAGGGAAGUUCUACAGAAGCCAUAGCUGUAUGUCACUUGCUAACCUGUGGUUUUGUUUUGCGUCUUCAGCGUGGGUGGUGGUGGCAGCAGCAACAGCAAACAUCCCUGGGCCUUUCCCACAUGCCUCUUGCAGUCAGUUGUGUGUGUGCAUGUGUGCGUGUGUGUGCGCGCGUGUGCGAACAUCUUUUCUCUUGGAAAAAAGAGUGAAAGAAUCCUAAAUGAAUGAUCAAAUCAGAACUGGUCUCUAUUUUUUUUAACGUAUUAAAAAUUUUAAUGAGCAA